UCGCAUUAUGACAUCAUCGUAUUCCAACAAAAUGUCACUCGACACACGAAUAUUUACAAUGAAUUUAUUUCAUUAAUGCGUGCAUUAAAACAACGAUACAACGUACAUAUACAUAUGUAGAAAUUUAAAAUAAAACAAUGAUGAACGCGGACGAUCAAUUGCCAAAUAUCGAGAAAAUAUUUAAAAAUGAAGAUGAAGAUUUUGUACCUGGAGCCGGAUCUAACUUAGCUGCUAUUUUUGGAAAUUAUACAAAAGAUCAAGAUAUAUCCUGUGUAAUAAAACAGCCCGGUCAAAAAAGAUCUAGCAACAAGCGUAACAGUUUGUCAACUCCUUCCUCCACUAAAACAGAAGUUAUAAUAGCAAAAGCUAUUCAUGCUUAUAAAUUGCAAAAUGGACAAUAUAUCUCAAUUGGUAAACAUGGAAUAGCAUUAACAGGAAAUAUUUCUACUAGGAUAUAUCAAAUAAUUUUAUAUAAAACGAAACAGGAAUACGUUUCAAUAGUUACCAUAACAAGGAAAUUUACAUAUACCGUACAAAUUAAUAAUUAUUCCACUUAUUAUGAUGACAAUAAUGAAAAUUGGUCAAUUUUAUUUGAAAGUAAUGAUGCUUGUAUUGAAUUUGCCAGAGAAAUAGGUCUAGCUAAAUAUUUUUCAAAGGAUGACAAAAUAGAGAAUGUAAUUUAUCAAGAUUUAACAGCUGUUAUUAAAGACAAAGUUACAAAAGAAGGAUCAAGCGUAUCUAUGAAAUAUUUUAUUAGUACGGAGAUUCAGCAACCAUGUAAAAUAAAUUAUUCGUCGUUACAAACAAUGACAGUAAACAUAUCAAUGGACGAUAGUUGGGAAAGAACUCUUAUAGGGAUUAGUAAAGAAUUAAAAAGGAUUUUAUUUUUACCACCUAAUAAACAGAUCAGUUUAGGUCCAGGUUUUCCAAAAGAUAAAGAUAUUUUAAUGGAGAUAGAAGUAACGAAUAUACAAGAAUCAGAUGAACAAUAUUCAUUAUCUAAACCUACAGUUUCUGGGAAAGCAUCAUUGUUAUCAAGAAUGGCUAAAAUGGGUCAAUCAAUUCUUCCAAAGAUGCAAACAUCAACAACUACAGAUUCUGAAGAUACAGAGGAUGAUUCACCGCAAAAGUCACCACGACAUAAAAAGAUGGAAUCUUUAGAAGUGUCAUUACAAAAAAAACAUAUGACGCAAGAGACAUCUGGUAAUACAACACAAAGUACUUGCAAAGUAACAAAAUCGAAAAAUAACGUGCCUUCGACAAAUCCCAUUAUAUCUAAACCAUUAAUCUCUAAUGCCACAUUUACACAACCAUGGCCUGCUUCGCAAUUACCAUCAAAUUAUAUAACAUCGAAUGGUCAAAUGUAUUCCUUACAACCACAGCCUGUAACCCAAGCAGUAUCUACCGUAAUUGAUCCAAGUUUAAAUAUGCUUCUGUCAGAAACUAGAAUGGCAAAUGCCGAGCUCAGAAUGGGAAUGUCCAAAAUAGCUGAUAAUGUACAAAAAGUACUUGAUAAGUUUCAUAUUUUGGAAUUGCAAAAUGCAUCAUCAAUAAAAGAUGCAACAAUGGAAGAUACCUUGAAAUUAUUAUUAAACAUGAAUACGUCUCAAGGUGAUGUUAAAAACAAAGAAUUAUUAAAGACGACAGAUGUUGAAAAAAAUGUCUGUUGUGAACAUUUAUCUGAGCUAUCCAAAGUAAGAAAAGAAAUUGUUGAAUUGGAAAAUGAAAUAAAGUAUUUAAAAGAGUCCUUAUCAAAAAGUGUAGAAUUUGUUAAGAGACUAGAGGAUGAAAAAGUAUCUUUAUUCAGUAUUAAUAAAGAAUUAGAUGAUAAAAUUAAAGCACAUGAAGUAUCAUUGAGUAAUAAAAAUGAUGAAUUAUGUAAAAAACUAGAAGAUUUAGAAAAGUACAAAAUGUCACAAAAUGAAUAUGAAAGGGAGAAUGCAGAAUUGAAAGAUAAAAUCUCUGAGCUUACUGCAAAAAUUGAUAGUACUAUGACAGAAAUCAAUAUGGUAUCAUCAAAGAAUAAAGAUAGAGAAAAUAAAAAUAAAGAAAUCAAGUAUAUUAUGAACAGGACUUAUCUUACUUUGAUGGAAACAUUUACAAAUGAUUCAUAUAGCAGUGAUCAUAUAAAAGCUGUUAUAGCUAGUACAAUAAAGAACAUAACGUUGCAAGUUUUACAAGAAGUUCCUGAAAGGAAUAAUAUAAUGGAAACAGGAAUGGAAUCAAGGAAACCCUUGAAAAAUAUUCAAGAUAAUAAUGAACAAUCAAGUAAAUUUCUAAAUAAUCCAAAUUCGGUUAUACCAGCCGAACAGAAUGAACCACCACCUAUUCCACCAAUGGACAAAGAAUUGGACAAUGCUAUCUAUUAACGUAACGAUAACAUUGUAAUUAUUUCUUUAUGGAUAAUCCCAUAUAAAUAAAUGAUAUUUUUUAAAUUUA